AGGAGCUGCUGGCCAGGAAUGUCCCCAAGCUGUUGUUUGUGCACAUGCAGAGGCUAAAUUGCUGGCUUCUCUGGGAGAGGGAGGCUCUGGUCCAUCAGCUCCCCGGAGUCUGGAAGUAAACAGCUGGAGUGCCUGUUGACAUCCUUAAAGCCUUAUUAGUCCAGUCACCCCGUGAAACUUGGAAGCAGGAGUAGGGGGUGGAAAAGGAAGCAGAUAAAAGGCAAGUGAAAGAAAGGAGGAGGGGCAGGCUCUGACCUAGCUAGCACUGUGCUCUCUUCCUGCCUAGCUUGGGCUGGCUUCCAGAAACCCCAUGGCCAACUAUGAAUUUAGCCAGAUAUCUGGGGACAGACCUUGCUGCCGCCUCUCUAGGCACGUCCAGAUCUGUCUCGGAGUGGGUCUCCUGGUCCUGAUCGCUUUGGUGGUGAUCCUGGUCAUAGUUCUGUGGCCUCGCUCACUCCUGGUGUGGAAUGGGAGUCCUACCACGAAGCACUUUCCUGAGAUCUUCCUGGGACGCUGUCUCGUCUAUACUCAAAUCCUCCGGCCUGAGAUGAGUUUGCUGCAACAGGUACUUACGAAAAAUGUGACUUCAGCAACAGAAAUGUACUACCUGACUGACUGUCUGGAAUUCUGGAAGUAAAAAAUGGAGAUCUCA